GGUAUUAACUCCACUACACUUCUCUCUCUGCAAUUACUUUUUGAGAGCAUCUUUCUUUAGCAUAUUUAGUAUUGCUAAUUUGAGCAUCAAAGUGUUUUCCCCGAGGAUGAAUUUCAGGUGUUCAAGCAGGUAUUGGAUCUCGAAGCUGCCCAAACAUUUAGUGCUGUCUGUGGGAAACGAACGAAAAGCAUUGUGACUUAACCAAUACGAGCUGAAAAUGGUGCGCACCUUUAUAGGAAACCACCCCCCAAGAGGCAACAUGGACGACCAGGAUAACACUCAUGUGUUGGAAAGUGAUUUCAAUGACUUCCAAAUGCUGCCAAGAAACCUCUUCGUUGGUGGUGUAGAACAAGAACAGUCAAACACUUUAGAUGAUGAUGAAAGAACACCUACAGGGUAUGCAACCCAACUUGAAGAACAGUUUCACAUCUCGUCUGAAGCCAUACAAAGGCAUUCCAAGCAUAACACUACACGACCUGUGGAGAGACUUGUAGAAUCUGCUCGGACAUCUGAGCUAGAAGAAAGAACAAGAGUUUUAGAGAUGGCAAUGGGAAAAAUUCUCUCUCGCUUGAUCCCUGAUGACCCCUUAAUUCCCCUGCUGAAUAGGGGCAAGCAACUGGCAGCAAUAGUUGCAACUCAUAACUCCCUGACCCUAAGCAAUGUAGUGGUCCCAACCAGACCCAGAGGAAGUGGGAAGUUAAACCCAGAACCUAGCUCAUCCAGGCAUAAUGAAGAAUUACUAAAGAAGAACGCUGACCUUGAAAGAGAACUCAAAGACGUACAGAAGCCCAUUGAUGAGCUAAAGAGUCCCAGGUCGCGCCAGCAGGCUCUCGACUUGGAUAGUGCCCCUUUCAACUUGUUCAUCACAGCUGAACCAUAUCAAGAGGGAUUUAAGAUUCCUCAUUUGGAGACAUAAGAUGGCUCGGGAGACCCGGAUAAACAUUUGCAUACUUA